UUUUCAAAGCUUUUUCCCAAAUAAAAUUUCACAUGAUUAUUGCUAUAUACUAGCAUCAUAGUUCAAGGCUGAUACACCUACCAAAAAUGAGCGGCGGCGGCGGAGGAGGAGGACUAAGCAAUUUAGGCAUUUCUCUAGUGAUAAUAUUCACAAUCGCGCUUAUCGCAAUCUUUGCGCAGGUUUUCUACAUCAUUUGGCGCCGCCUUGCCUUCCGCCGUCGAACCAGUGCCGGUGGAGACGGAAUCUCGCGCUACUCUUCGUCGGAAUCCACACCGUCAAAGGAGCUCCUCUAUUUCUUCUGCGUAAGACCUCAGCUGGACCUCGAUCGCACCUCGAUUUCAGGAGGCGUCGACGGAAGGAAUUCGAAUCGUGAAUCGGAUGUGGAGGUAAUUGACAUCGAUUUGCUCAAAAUUCAAGGAGUGUUUGGACCGCCGAGAUUUCUGUUCACCAUCAAAGAGGAGGAGAGAGAGGGCACGGAGUCGCUUCCUGCUGAAGAUGAGGCGACGGAAAUUGUUGGUGAUGAGAAGAGAGGCGGCGUUAGUUUGGAGGAGUGUUUUCGGUCGGAGGAAGAGACGGCGGUGGUGGUAGAGGUGAAGACUGACGAUUGCAGUAGAGAUGAUGAUGCGACGCCGUUUUCGACGCCUUGCGCUUCGCCACUGUAUUUCACUCCGACGGCUUCUCCAGUGCAUGCGGUGGUCAAUGGCCGGUCAACGGGGAUUGCAACCACGGUUGCCGUUUAAAUUUAUUUUUUUGUCCUUUUCAUAAAUGCACCUUAUAAUAUAAUCUUGACACUUUUAGCUCUUCCGAAAUUCAAGUGUUGUUAGUUUUUUAAGUAUUUUGUUUGAACUAGCUUCUAACGCUCAA